GCAAUGUUCAGUUUCUCUCUGACGAUAAACCACAGUGGUCAGCUAAUGGAAAAGAGCGACUCGAUCCAAUACUCUCCAAAGUCAUGCCAUACAAUCGGAUUGGCAUACUCAGGCGACCGUUCCCACUGUGAUUGUUCCUCAUGUCUUAGACACGCCUCCUUCUGGCUUUCUAUUCCUCAAACUCCGGUUACCACCACGGCAAUAUUUCUCAACACAGCCUGCGGCGCCCACCGUAAUUAUAUCUCUACCACCUACUCCGAUGCCUAUCAUUCCACCGAUGCCACCAGCUACCCUUUGCUUCCAGACAAUAAUCAGCAUUCUGAUUCCAAACCUGAUCUUUCUCUUGUCGCAAAUAAGCACUCUACGGAAUUACCCGAUAUUAUUGAUUUGUCUGACAACGACGAAGACUCCAAAUAUUACGAAGCUAUCCAGGAAAACACUAACUACGUGGCUACGACUGCCACUGUCGUAGACCCAGCACCAAUUCGUGAUGAGAUGACAAUGCUGGAAGCCAUCUCUCUCUUUGAUGACAGCGUUCUCAAGUCCACAUCCUUGGCUACGGAGUUUGACGAUUGGGAUCAAUGGCAAGAUGCUAUUCAGAUGGAAUUCAAAGCACAUCAGUUGAAUGAUUUGGCUGACAUUGUUCCCGUGUCUGCUAUUCCUCAGGGUACCAAAGGUAUCCAUUCUAAGUAUGUUUUCGUCCAAAAAUUUAACGAAACUGGUAAGCCUAUCUGCUACAAGAUACGAAUGUUUGCCAUAGGAGACGAACAAUUGGAAGUUUACAUGAUUCUGCCGGAAGGAUGUAGUAAGUUACGCUCGAAUAACUAUAUCUGA